CUUCAUAACUUUCGGGGAUGGAGACUAACCAGCCACCACAGAGGGCAGAGCUUCGAAACAGGAGGUCGAGGUCGGGAUGCAAUACCUGUCGUGCACGCAAGGUCAAAUGUGAUGAGCGCCCAGAUGGAUGUGCGAAUUGUGAAAGGCUCCAGCUUCCGUGUUUAGGGUACAAUGGACACCCUACUAGUCGACAUUCGGAUCCCCGUACUCGGGCGAGGCGAACUUAUAAGUCCUGUCCAGAAUGUCGCCUAGCUAGAGCCAAAUGCUCCGGUGAACGGCCCUCUUGCUCACGAUGUCAAGAGAAGCACCUGCAAUGUCGGUAUGGGGAAAAUACCGAACCUGAAUGGACCCAGCGACUGGCAUCGGCUGUAGCGCGAGCUGAUACGCCUACCCCUGAUGAACCGAGUUCCACACCACAACAUGAGCCAGAACUAGAACAUACCCAUUUAUCUUGGGUAGAUGAGGAAUUAAGCCAAAACUCAAGACCAACCACGCUCUUGCACAUAGUCUGUGCAUUGGGUGCCCAUACCAUGACUCAAGCUCUUUCUCGAAAAUUUAUCUUGCGGGCCGGUUCUCACUGGGCGGACACAGCAUACAAGAUGCUUCUUGAGAGCCUGGAUAAAAUCUCGAUUGAGAACCUUAUGUCAGCACAGCUAAUCUACGACUAUGCAUUACGUGUUGGGAAUUUUGCGCAGGCAUUUAUGCUUGGAGGACUUACCGCGCGCAUGGCUCAAGCUUUGCAAAUCAAUCUCGAAUAUUCCACUGACGUGCUUUGCCAAGAACCGGGCCAUAACCUUUCUGUAACUGCAAGGGAAGGGCGUCGUCGGCUCAUGUGGAGUUGCUUUGUGACAGAUGCGCUUCUUGGGAGUGGAGUUGAUCAGCUUAUGCUGGUUGACGAGAGCGAUGUGAAGAUCCAGCUUCCUUGCAAUGAGCGUAAGUUUCUUGAAGGAACAUCCUGUAUUACAAGAACCUUGAAUGGUACGGUUUUGGGGUUUCUUCCGUCAGAGGCCAUCCCUCCAAACCCCGAUGAGAAUAUGGGUCUCAUGGCGUAUUUUAUCCAACACAUACGCGUCAGAAAACAAGUGCUGCGCUAUAUUAAGCACCUUGAUACCGCUAGAUCUCCAUGGCUAGCAGAUUCCGAGUUUGCUAUACUCGAUAAAGCAUGCAACGACUGGUAUGACUCACUCCCGAUAAACUUGCAGUUCACAGCAUCGACCAUCUACGCACGCAAAGCUUCUUCCCAAUUAGGGGCCUUGGUGCUCCUUCAUUGCGCUCACCAUCAGACCCUCUGUGAUCUUUAUCGCCUAGGAGCCCCGGCAUUGUUCAAACUUCGCUCAGCUAUUGAAUUUCCCCCGGAACAGAGCGAAUUCCUUCGAAAGCUACAAUGGGAUCUCUAUGAAGCAGCCAAGGCUUUGGCCGCAAUAUUAGGAGAAGCAGAGCGACAUGGCUCAUAUAUUUUAUCGGAUACCUGGCUUCCAAGCAUCACAUAUGACAGCUCUCGUAUCAUGCUCUAUUAUCUCACACAGCUCAUCGAUCCUCGGGAACAAGACAGCAAAGAUUUAGUUUUGCAGACAAUUCCUUACUUGCAAAGUAACAUUAGGGCACUAAAAGCCAUGCAAGCCUUGAACGCAGUCUCCGAGCCUCUUGUUCGUACCUCUCCUACA